GGAAAAGGCAAGCGUUGCGUCGAGAACAGAGGCAAGAGAGAGCACGGUGGUUGGGGGCCGUCAUCUCAUACCCUUCAUUGUCCUCGAUCUGCUCUUCUUCCCCGCCCUCGCCUUGCCCCGCCCCUCCUUCCCCCCCUCUGCCCCCCCGGAUGCGCUGGCCCGCACGGCCUCCGUGCCGCCAUCCUUCCCCUCCGCCGUCCGCAACUGCGCGUCUGCUGCGCCGCUACCCGCGCCGAUGGACACACCCCUUAUUGCGCCGAUUCCUGCGCCCCCGUCUCCGCUGCGGGCGGAGGCCAGCAGCUGCCUUUCGCUUCCGCCAAUCCCCGCGAGCGCCCUGGGCGCGCACAGUGAUGCGCGGAAGCUCCGCGCGGAGCUGGGAAGGUCAAGGUGCCGCGCGGAGGCCGCGGAGGGGCUACAUAGUAGGGCCGCGCGGGAUGUGUGCGCGGGGAAUCGGCGAACCGCCCCCUGGAACCGCACCCCCUCCCUCCCUUCCUUCCUCCACACCCCUGCCCCACUCACAGUUGUCUCUGCCCUGUCCUUCAUACGGCAGCCAGCCCUCCCACCCCCCCGUCCCUGCUACCAACCCCCCACACUAGCAGCCGCGGGAGGGGAGAGGCAGGGCAGAGGGUGGUUCUCUGCUGGCGGGGUUCUCUGCUGGCGGGGUUCUCUGCUGGCGGGGUUCGCUGCUGGCGGGGUUCUCUGCUGGCGGGGUUCGCUGCUGGCGGGGUUCUCUGCUGGCGGGGUUCUCUGCUGGCGGGGUUCUCUGCUGGCGGGGUUCUCUGCUGGCGGGGUUCUCUGCUGGCGGGGUUCUCUGCUGGCGGAGUUCUCUGCUGGCGGGGUUCUUUUCUGGCAGGGUGCUGGUGCUGGCGGCUGGCGCUGGUGCUGGUUCCUGGUGCUGGCGGCUGGCGGUGGUGCUGGUUCCUGGUGCUGGCGGCUGGCGCUGCUGGUGCUGGCGGCUGGCGCUGGUGCUGGUUCCUGGUGUUGGCGGCUGGCGCUGGUGCUGGUUCCUGGUGCUGGCGGCUGGCGCUGGUGCUGGUUCCUGGUGCUGGCGGCUGGCGCUGGUGCUGGUUCCUGGUGCUGGCGGCUGGGGCUGGUGCUGGUUCCUGGUGCCUGGUGCUGGUGCCUGGUGCUGACGGCUGGUGCUGGUGCUGGUGCCUGGUGCCUGGUGCUGGUGCCUGCAUUUCGCCGCCACUCCCUUCCCCCUUUCGCUCUCCCCCCACAGCGUUCCGCCGCCAAUCCCUUCCCCUCCUCCCUCUUCCACCCACAGCGUUCCGCCGCCAAUCCCUUCCCCUCCUCCCUCUCCCCCCCACAGCGACCGCCGCUGCACACGCGAACACUCGCGACGGGGGGGGGGGGGGGGUGA